CCCACCACAGGUCUUCUACAUCUUGACCCCAUAUCUGGCACGCUUGCAGGGGAGAAAUUGUUUGAAUGCAAGGUGGCCAGAGAAAUUAAUCAGGGACUCAUCAACGCAGAUAUUUUGCUGGGGAGUAUAGACAUCAGCAAAUUUUUUGUUAAGGUGAUUUACGAGGGGCUGAAUUUUGUGGAGCCGCUCAAAUUCAGGGUCACCUCGAGGACGACAGAGUGUAUUGUUGAAAUGCAUAAAACACAUUAUACUCUCAUAUCUACGCCUGGCCAUGGCAGCGGAGAACACGGGUCUGUGGACCAAUACAACCGCAAUUCAUUUUUUUUAGUAAUGCCCAUGUUGAGGGUUAGGCCCCCAAAAAAAUAUAAAUUCAAAAACCAUAAUGGGUUUACAUGCGGAUGGUCUGGUAAGGUUUGAAUUUUGGUUGGUGGCGAUACAUUGUUGUGCAUAUAAAAUGCUUUGAUCCACAAUCAAUGCAUACAGAUCUUCCAUGAAAAACAGCUCCAAAAAAUCAAGGGGAGUAGUUAAAUUUGAUAUUUCCACCUGAAUUCCGGGUUGGGCAGUGAAUGGGGGAAGUACGGGUGCUGCAGAAUUUGUGGGCUGCCAAUCGGGAUUUGCAAGCACAUCUGGAAGGAUACUAGGUGCUCUACGGGCCUGUGUGCGAAUUCUUGGUGGUUGCGGGACAAUACUUGUGCUCACCACCGUACCAGCUUGUACUGCACUUAUGGGACUAGCCACGUCACCAAGUGAUACUGCAGUGCUGGUAUGUGAAAUACCAGGAUGUACUAGACCGCUGGUGCUCGCCAGUUCACCAAAAGGUAGCGUGGCACUAGUACUGGCACUCUUCUGCAUAUGAGAGUCAUCA